AUGGACGCAGAGCGAGAAGUUCUGCAGUGUACUGCCUAUCCCGAGGUGCAGAGCUUCUGCCAGAAGCAUGGCUUGACAUUUGAGGUGGUUGAUCUGAGGUGGGGUGUCCCGAACACACAAGCCACUGACCACUUGACCAUAGAACUCUGCUUAGAAGAACUUGACCGCUGCCAGAAAACGUCCAUAGGACCAGCUUUUGUGGCUCUCCUGGGCGACCAGUAUGGCCCCUGCCUGGUUCCCCAGCGCAUCGAAGAGAAAGAGUGGAAGGCACUAAGGGCCCAGCUGACCUCCAGACCUCAAGAUCUGGAGCUGGUGGCCAGACAUUUCCGGAGAGAUGACAAUGCCAUCCCUCCCACCUACUUGCUGCAGCCUCCAGGCUCUGUGGGGGCCCCAGAGCCUGAGGAAGCCACUUUGACCUCUGUCCUUCAAGGUGGAGCCCAGGAAGCCUGGAGGCUGGGCCUCAUCAACCAGGAGCAAUGGAAGUGUUACCAUCGGUCAGUCAUUGAGUGGGAGAUCGAGCGGGGUCUCCUAAGCUCAGCAGCAGGGGCCCAGGGAGCCACCGUCUUCCUGAGAGACGUACAGGACCUCAGUAAACACAUCUUGGAUGACUGCUCUCUGAAGAUGGUGGAUCGUCUGGCAGAUGGCUGCCUGGACACCAACUCCCAGAGUCUUCUCAGUGGCCUUAAGGGACGCAUACUGGAUGCUCAGCCUGGUGCCCUAAAGUCCCACCGCCUGCCCUGGAGCCGUGACCUAGUCAAUCCCAAGAACAAGGCUCACGCCCGCUACCUGAAGGAGCUGAGCGAGCAGUUUGUGGCCAGGACCAACCAUCAGGUCCUGGAGCAACUGCGAGAGCUGGAGUCGGCCAGACAGGAGCUGGGCUGGCUCUACCAGGAGAUCCGCCACCAUCUCUGGCGGAGUACAGAGUCCACCAGGAUCUUCUGUGGCCACCAGGAGCUCCUGGCCCAGCUGGGGCAGCGGCUCAGACAGGAUGACAGCCGGUCCCAUACUCCAUUGGUUCUCUUUGGACCACCGGGCAUAGGGAAGACUUCCCUCAUGUGCAAACUAGCCGAGCAGGUACCAGAGCUUCUUGGCCACAAGACUGUGGCUGUCCUGAGGCUGUUGGGGACAUCAAAGAUGAGCCUGGAUGCCCGAAGCCUCCUCAGAAGCUUGUCCUUUCAGCUGUGCUUGGCCUACGGGCUGCCACUGCCCCCACCCCAGGUCCUGGAGGUCCAUGGCAGGGUGGGCCAUUUCUUCCACAGGCUCCUGCACACUGUGUCCUGUAGGAACUUUGAGUCCUUGGUGCUGCUCCUGGACUCGGCGGACGAUCUGGAUUCCAUAUGCCAUUCUCGGAGGGUCUCUUGGCUGCCCCUCAAGUGUCCCCCAAAAGUACAUGUCAUCCUUUCUACAUGCUCAGGCCAGCAGGUGUUAUACACACUGCAACAGACUCUCAAGGACCCCAGUGCCUACUGGGAGGUGAAGGCCCUGUCUGGGUGUCAGGGACAGGAGCUUAUCCAACUGCUAUUGGCUGCGGAAAGGAGAACACUGAGCCCAGCUCAGAGGGACAUCCUCUGGGCCAGCCUCCCGGAGUGUGGCCACCCAGGGCGGCUAAGGCUGGCCUUUGAGGAGGCCCGGAAGUGGGCCUCCUUCACUGUGCCAGUGCCCUUGGCUGCCACAGCUGAGGAGGCCACACACCAGCUCUGCAUCCGCCUGGAGAACACACACGGGCAGCUGCUGGUUGCCCAUGUGCUGGGUUACAUUGUGUCUUCCCGGUAUGGUCUGUCGGAGGCAGAGCUGAAGGAUGUGUUGUCUUUGGAUGACGAGGUCCUGCAGGCUGUGUACAGGGACUGGACACCGCCCAGCAAGGAGCUCCUGCGCUUCCCGCCCCUACUGUGGGUGCGGCUCCGCCGGGACCUGGCACAUUGCUUGACUAGGAGGGCUGUGGAUGGCUGCACACUGCUGGCCAUCGCGCACAGACAGCUGUCCAAGGUGAUCCAGGUUCGAUACCUGUCUGGGCCGGAGAGAUCCAAGAGACAUGCUGUGCUAGCUGAAUUCUUCUCUGGAGCAUGGAGUCAGGGCAUCAAGAAACUCAUCACCCUGCCACUCGUGGGGAAGCCACUAAACCUGGACCGAAAGGUGGCCCCACAGCCGCUGUGGUUCUCAGGCACAGUGGCCAACUGGAGGAAGCUGACAGAGCUGCCCUUCCAUCUGCUGCAUGCGGGCCGCAUGGAGGAGCUGAAGCAGGAGGUGUUGGGGAACAUGAACUGGAUCUCCUGCCGGGGCAUCUCUGGGAGCAUUGAGGACCUGCUGGAUGACUUUGACAUGUGUGCCCCUCACAUGGACUCUCCUGAGGUUAGUCUGGUCAGAGAAGCCCUCCAGCUGUGUCGCCCUGCUGUGGAGCUCCGGGGCAUGGAAAACAGCAUCCUGUACACUGAGCUCCUGGCCAGGCUCCUCUUUUUUGCUACGUCGCAUCCAGCGAUGAUCGGACAGCUGUGCCAACAAGCCCAGAGCUGGUUCCGUGCCUGCCCACACCCAAUGCUGGUGCCCCUGGCAGGAUUCCUGCAACCACCUGGGGGACGACUUCAAGCCACUCUCACUGGAUGUCACAAAGGCAUCACCGCUGUAGCAUGGAGCCUGGAAGAGAAGCUACUGGUGGUAGGCACCCAGGAUGGCAUCAUGGUCGUGUGGGACGUGGAGGAACAGCAGGUUGUCCACAUUCUAACAGGACACACAGCUGAAGUGAAGUGCAUUCGAGUGUUUGCCCAAGGGACUCUAGCCAUCUCUGCAUCAAAGGACCACACCCUGCGGCUGUGGAGCCUGCUCUCUGGCCAGGAGAAAGUCACCAUUGUGGACAGAGGCUCACCAAAUCCCACAGAGCCUCAGAGAUGGGGCCUCCAUGUAGAUGAGAUAAACAAAGUCGUAUACUCAACAUCUAGUGCAAAGAUCAACGCAUGGAAUCUGGAAACCACGAAGCUGGCUUUCUGUGUCCCAGGAGAAGCCUCUGAUCCCUGGGCCUGUGUGGCGGUGCUGGCUGCCCAGGGUGUGCUGCUGGCUGUGUCCAAGGGUGGUGAGGUCAGUCUGUGGAGCUCAGCCACGGGAAAGCUGCAGGGAAAACGCCAGCUGUCCAGCAUCAAAGAGGAGACGCCAACCUGUGCUGUCUGCAUCCAGACACAGGUGAAGCUGGUCACUGGCUUCAGCAGCGGCUCCCUCUCCUUGGUUUCCUCUGGAGAAGACAGCCUGCUGGAGAAGCUUCCCGAAGCUGUGGGGUUCCUGGUGGCGUCUGAGGACGACUCCGUUCUUGCAGCAGGCUUUGGAAGAUCUGUGCGAAUUUUCUUGGCCGACUCACAAGGCUUCCACCGGUUCAUGGCCACAGAUCUGGAACACGAGGACGUGGUGGAGACAGCGGUUUUGGGUCCUGAGAACAAUGUGAUUAUCACUGGCUCCCGGGAUGCGCUCAUCCAGGUGUGGAGUCUCUCAGAACAGGGGACCCUGCUGGACGUCCUUGAGGGCGUGGGUGCCCCUGCAAGCCUGCUGGUCCGGGGUGGGACUCUGGUGGUGUCUGCCUCCUGGAAGUCUUCGUCUUUAAAAGUCUGGGAUCUCAAGUCCACGUCGAAGCCGAGGCCUCCUGCUCCAUUUCUGGACCGCACGGGCCUUGCAGCCGUGUCCCACCAUGGCAGCUACAUCUACUUCCCCAAGGUUGGGGACAAAAACAAAGUCACAAUCUGGGACCUAGCGGAAGGUGAGGAGCAGGAUUCCCUGGACACAUCCAAUGAGGUCCGGUGUCUGGAGGUGGCCGAGCAGGCCAAGCUCCUCUUCACAGGCCUGGUAUCGGGGAUUGUGCUUGUGUUCCCCCUGAAUUCCAGGCAAGAUGUGCUGUGCAUCCCCCCGCCCGAGGCCCGCAAGGCUGUCAACUGUAUGUCCCUGAGCAAGAGCGAGGACCGGCUGGCCAUUGCCUAUGACAACAUUGUCCUAGUAUUGGACAUCAGCCCUGGGGACCCUUGUCCUGCCAUCGAGGGCCCCACCUACACCUUUUACACCCAGCUGCCUGAGACCAUAGCCAGUGUGGCCGUGCUGGGUGACUACCGAGUGCUCUAUGGCAUGAGUGACGGUGGCCUCUUUCUGUACGACUGUGCACGGUCCAAAGUGUUUCCUCUGGAGGCCCAUGGGAGCAGGGUGAGCUGCGCGGAGGUCAGCCACGGGGAGCAGCUGGCUGUGAGCGGGGCCGAGGACGCACUGCUCUGCCUCUGGGACCUGCAAGCUUGCAGGGGGAUGUUCGAGAUGAGCUAUGAGAGCUCCUACUGCAGAGGGGUGCGGUGUGCCUGCUUCUCGAAGGAUGACAAGUACGUGUUUGCAGGCAUGAAGGACCGCUCCAUCAUCGCCUGGAGUGCGCUGGAUGGCACCCUGCUAGCUGUCCAGUUUGUCCAUGCUGUGGUCAACCGAAUUAUCCCCACUUCCAAUGGCUUCAUGGCCCCCACAAGUCACGGCUAUCUCAUCCGAGAGCGCUUUCAGUGCCCAUCAGCCAGAGCCUCCCAGCAAGACCCUCUCAAGAACUUCAAGAAGGCAGUAUGGCUGGUGAAGACCAGGCAGAGGGAAGAGCAGCUGGCUGUGGCAGAGGCCUCCCAGGACACGGGAUCCGUGGCUGCAGAGGGGAAAGAAUCGAAAUCAAACAAGCACUCACAGGUGUGCCUGAUACUGUGAAGGCCUGUGGAGACCCAGAAUGCAGUGGGAUAGCUUUGACUCUUCUGGUUGCUCUGCCAAUGCUGUGUGGACCCCAGGCCUCCCUCUAGCAUCUUCCAUUUUCCCACCUCUUUUUCUGUAGGUUUUCAGACCUACUUCCCUCAGGUCAGCAGCAACCUGCAUCUCCCACCCGACUCCAAGAACUUGGAUCAAAACCUUGACUCUGCCUCUGUUGGUCCCAGUGGGCACAACUCUCAUCCUUGAGCCAAUGGCUCUGGGAGGAUCUGCAAUUACUGUGGGGACCAAGAGUGACCCAGUCGAGGGCAAUACUGUAGGGCAGAGAGUGACGGAUUACAGAGGUGUGGUGGGCACUGUCCUGUCUUGGAUGGCAGUGAGCUUCCCAGCUGCAGCCCAGAAUCUUCGUGGCAAAGUCAGACUGCGUUACAGGUCUUUCCUUUUUCACAUGGGAAGGCAGAAGUCUGGACUGUCACAUGACACACACUCUAGCCCUUUCAAGUCUGGUGAUUGGCACACACACAGGAUCACAGUUUGCCUGAGACUGAAAAUGAUGUGUAUAAAAUCCACUCUGGCUGCUUGGUGGCUUAGCCUUCAAUCCCAAUACUCAGGAGCUGGAGGAAGGUGGAUGCCAAUGAGUUCAGGGCCAGCCUGGUCUACAGAGUGAGUUCCAAGACAGCCAGGAGAGAGACCCUAUCAAAAAGAAGGAAAAAAAUAAAAGAAAAGGAAAGAAAUCCACACAAGGCUGGGGCUGGCUCAGGCCUACAGCACCUGCAGACCUGGUGUGAGGACUGAAGUUUAGACCUUAGAACCAUGGACUUGCCAGGCAUACAUUGUUGUCCACCUGCAGGCCCAGCCCAAGAAUGUGGAGAUAGCUGUUCUUGCUUCAUUCUGCUGCUGUGGCAAAAACAGUCUGAGCAAAAGCAACUUAAGGGGGGGGGGGAAUUCCUUUGGCUUCCACUUCCAGGUUACAGUCCACCACUGAGGGAAGCCAGGGAAAGAACUCAGGCAGGGACUGAAGGCAGGGCUGGGCUUACUGCACACAGCAUGACCUCCGACCACUCGGCCAUGACAGUGCAGCAGUGUAGUCUAGUCACUGUUGUAUUGCUACCCAGAGGCAACUCAUUUAAAAAGAAGCACCUAAUUGGGGUGGCUUACAGUUUCAGAGGUCAGUCCAUUGUCAUCAUGGCGGGAGUAUGGUGGCAAGCAUGGCAGUCAUAGUGCUGGAGAAAUAGCUGAGAUAUAGAUCAUGAUCUGCAGACAGAGAGACAGACAGGGACAGAGAGAGCCUGGGCCUUGCAUGGACUUUUGAAGCCUCAAAGCCUACCCCAUGAUACACCUCCUCCAACAAGGCCACGCCUACCCCUUGUAAUCCUUUCAAACAUUUCUGCUCCCUAGUGGCCAAGCAUUCUUAUAUAAUGUGCCUACCAAAGCCAUUCUCAUUCAGCCCACCACAAGCAGGGACCAGGGAGGGUACUGCUUCUUGUCUUCUCCACAUCAUUAGCCAGCCUUCUCAUACAGCCCCAGAACUACCUGCCCAAGGAAUGGUGCCACCCACAAUGGGUUCCCUCCUACAUCCAUUAACAGUCAAGACAGUCCCCCGUGGACAAGCCCAUGGUCCACCCUGACCAGGGCAGUCUGCUUAUCAGGUAACUCUAGAUUGGGUGAAGUUGACAGUUAAAGCUAACUAGGUCACAGAGGAUCCUGGCUAAGCUAGACACAUCUGCCAGCUCUGGGUUUGAUUAAGACACACUGCCUCAAUGAAUAAGGUGGGAGAAGAAUCAAGGAUGAUUCCUAACUCAAUUCCUAACUCAACCUCAAGCCUCCACAAAUAUAUACGCACACGCGAGUGCGUGCGUGUGCACACACACACACACACACACACACACACACACACACACACACACACCAGAGUCUUAUGAUGCCCAAAUUGGCUUCACACUCCAUGUGUAGCUAAUGGUGCUGUUAGAUCUUCCCACCUCUACUUCUUGUUGGACCACAGUCAUGACCAUGCUCAGCAGGACACACGAGCAUCCCUGCUUUGCUGCCUGACCCUCUGCCUUGAAAUGCUCUCUCCACCGUGUCCACAGCAGUCUACGGAGCCUGGCUUGUGCGUGAAGCCCUGCUGCAGGCAGCCCUUAGAUGGGAGAGCUGUCCUUACGCCAUGUGACUCUAGACUCAGUAACAGCAGCAGCAGAAAGAGAGCUUGCUUCUCUUCCUGGUGUUGGAGAUGGAGCCCAGGACUUGCUAGGCAAGUGCUCUACUAAAAGCCACGCCCCAGCCCCUCCCUGGGUGAUUCCAGGCUGGAGCUCUGCUGCUAAGCCACACUUCCAGCUAUGAAAUGAGGCCUUUGAAGAUAUUUCAUUCGGUUAUUUCCCAGAUGAAGGUUCCAAAAUGCAUGCUUUGGCAAUUCCGAAACUGUUAGUGUCAAAUUUCAUUUUAAAGAAACAAAUAAAUAAAUAAAGGUCUGGAGAAACGGCUCAGCAGUUAAGCUUCAUGCUGCUCUUGCAGAGGACCCAGGUUUGAUUCUUAGUACACUCACCAAGUGGCUCACAAACAGCCCCAGAGGAAUCAAAUGCCUUAGGCCUUUGCAGAUACCUAUACCCACACACACAAACACACACACACACAAUUUCAAAUAAGAUUAAUCUUUAAAAUACUAUGGGCCAAUGAGCUGACAUGAUGUAUAUGGCACUUGGUACUCAGCCCUGAUGGCCUGAGUUCAGUCUCUGAGGCCCACAGGGUGGAAGAAGAGAUCCGACCUCACAGAGUUGCUCGCUCACUCCACACAUUCACCAUCACAACCACCCCCAUCAUGCACACAUAUACACAAUAAUAAUAAUAAAUUUAAAGAUGUAUUUUAAGUUGUAGCUUAAAAAUAUAUGCUCAGGUGCAUUGAGCAAUAACUUUAGAUUUUUAAAGUGUUUUUAUUAACCUGUAUUAACUGCACAUAUUAAUGGGGACCUGAGAGAUAUUUCAACAUUAAUGCAGCACACUCAUCAAAGAGCCUCUCUGUCUACCUUCACCUCUGUCCCAAGCUGGUCCUCACAGCCCCACGUCCUUUUAAUUCCGUGUAUGAACAAGGGAAUGUGGCACAUCGUUCUAAGUCCCACUUCCUUGAACAUAUCCUUCAGUUCUGCCUAUUUUGUUACAAAUGACUAUCUCUCCUGUUCUUCUCUAUGGCUGAAUAAUAUUCCAUUAUUGAGUGUGCCUUUCUUUUACCGUCCACUUGCUAGGAAUUCUCCCACCGUCUCCAUUUGACUGAAGGACCCUUGGCUUGAGGAGAAAGCCCUUGAUGGGCAAAAGAUUACUCUUCUUCUUCUUCUUCUUCUUCUUCUUCUUCUUCUUCUUCUUCUUCUUCUUCUUCUUCUUCUUCUCUUUCUUCCUUCCUUCCUUUUUUUUUUUUGUUUGUCUUUUGAGACCAGUUUUUCUGUAACUCUGUAGACAGGCUGGCCUGCAACUCACAGAGAUCCACCUGCCUCUGCCUCCUGAGUGCUGGGAUUAAAGGUGUUUGCAUGAAUCAGGUUUAACGAAUACGGAAAAGAUGAGUUCCUCAUGACAGGGAAAGUUUUAAUGUAUGGCUUCUGGCUUAAAAUUCCAGUGUCUGGGGCAUGGUCACACAGGCAUUUAAUCCCAGCACUUGGGAGGCAGAGGCAAGAGGAUCUCUGUGAGUUUGAGGCCAGCCUGGUCUAUAGAGCAAGACCCUGUCUCAAAAACAAAACAAAAUAAAAUUCCUGUGUUCAUUG